UCCCACCUUCUUCACAACUACCAUUACUUCCCUACUUGUUGGAUCUGCUAAAAAAUGGCGGAUAAUAAUAAAAACAUAAAAACCAAGGGUAGUUCCGCAACAGAGUCUCAUGCACAGACAUCGCCUACACUCGGCGAGCUGUUAAAAUACGUGGGAGAUUGCCAGGGUGUUGGCGAUGAUGAUUCAUCAUCAUCGCCAACACACCAUGUGAUGGAAAUGAGUGAAAUAAGCAACGAGCCUCGCUCGUUGCCAUUUGUUUUGGCAUUUAAUAAUUUGACGUACAGUGUAAAAGUACGUAGUAAGAUGGAGGUUCCGUCCGUGUUUAACGGACGGACAAGGUUAGGGGCUGGUACUGCAGCCCCUACUUCUGGAGAAGCUGUUGGAGGAGAGAGAUUGUUUUCCAGAUAUAAAGUUUUAUUAAACGAUAUAUCUGGACAAGCUAGAGAUGGCGAGAUACUCGCUGUACUCGGCGCGAGUGGCUCGGGGAAGUCUACGUUGAUCGACGCAUUGGCUAACCGAAUCGCGAAAGAUAGUUUGAAAGGGAAAGUAACUCUAAAUGGCGAACAAUUGGAAUCGAGGUUGUUAAAAGUGAUUUCAGCUUAUGUCAUGCAAGAUGAUUUGUUAUUUCCUAUGUUAACAGUUGAAGAAACACUUAUGUUUGCUGCUGAAUUUCGACUUCCUCGAACGUUAACAAAAUCGAAAAAAAAGUUAAGAGUUCAAGCUUUGAUUGAUCAAUUAGGGCUAAGAAACGCAGCCAAAACUGUUAUUGGUGAUGAAGGGCAUAGAGGAGUUUCGGGUGGUGAAAGACGUCGUGUUUCGAUAGGCAUUGACAUCAUUCACGACCCGAUUAUUCUACUUCUCGACGAGCCGACAUCUGGGCUUGAUUCGACUAGUGCUUUUAUGGUCGUAAAGGUGUUGCAACGUAUCGCGCAAAGUGGGAGUAUUGUAAUUAUGUCGAUACAUCAACCAAGUUAUAGGAUUCUUGGUUUGAUUGAUCGUUUGUUGUUUUUGUCACGUGGACAAACAGUUUACAGCGGUUCUCCAAGUAACUUACCCCUGUAUUUCUCCGACUUCGGUCAUCCUAUUCCUGACAAAGAAAACAGGACUGAGUUCGCGUUGGAUCUGAUACGCGAACUCGAAGGAUCACCGGGUGGGACUAAAAGCCUAGUCGAGUUCAACAAGUCAUGGCAAGAUUUAAAACGUUCUCGAAACCGUUUAACCACGGGUGGAAACGAAACACCUAUUCACGGGUUAUCGUUAAAAGAAGCCAUAAGUGCCAGUAUAUCUCGAGGCAAAUUAGUCUCGGGUGCAGGGGCGAGCAACGACAUCAAUCCAAAUUCAUUAGUCCCUACUUAUGCAAACCCAAUGUGGAUGGAACUUUUGGUUUUAUCCAAAAGAUCGUUCACUAACUCACGAAGAAUGCCCGAAUUGUUUGGAAUUCGGCUCGGUGCAGUUGUUGUAACCGGGUUCAUACUCGCGACUAUGUUUUGGAAUCUCGAUAAUUCGCCAAAAGGGGUUCAAGAAAGGUUAGGAUUUUUCGCGUUUGCGAUGUCAACAACGUUCUAUACUUGCGCGGAUGCUUUGCCAGUGUUUUUACAAGAACGUUAUAUUUUCAUGAGAGAAACGGCUUACAACGCGUAUAGACGAUCAUCAUACGUUCUAUCUCAUUCCCUAGUCGCGAUCCCGGCACUCAUUUUCUUAUCAUUUUCGUUCGCGGCUAUAACAUUUUGGGCCGUGGGACUUGAUGGGGGAUUUGGUGGUUUUUUGUUCUACUAUUUCAUAAUCUUGGCAUCCUUUUGGGCUGGAAGUUCUUUUGUUACAUUUUUAUCAGGAAUAGUCCCUCAAGUUAUGCUUGGGUACACUAUUGUGGUGGCUAUUUUGGCUUAUUUCCUCUUAUUCAGUGGCUUUUUCAUCAACCGUGAUCGAAUUCCUGGUUACUGGAUAUGGUUUCACUACAUUUCGCUCGUUAAAUACCCUUACGAAGCCGUUUUACAAAACGAGUUCCAGGAUCCUGUCAAGUGUUUCGUUAGAGGAAUACAGAUUUUCGAUAACAGCCCGUUAAGAGGUAUCGAUAGCUCGAUGAAGAUUAAACUGUUACAAAGCAUGAGUAACUCACUUGGAGUGAAUAUCACAAGUAGUACUUGCUUAACUACUGGAGCUGAUAUUCUAAAACAACAAGGGAUCACUGAUUUAAGCAAAUGGAAUUGCUUAUGGAUAACAGUAGCAUGGGGGUUCUUUUUCAGGAUACUAUUUUACUUUUGCUUGUUGCUUGGAAGCAAAAAUAAGAGGAGGUAA